UUCUUCAAUAUCUCAGCCCUUCGUUUUUCCCUCCAAUCCCUCCAUGAACAGCGCUUGCAAUAACCCCCUUCUAUCUUCUUCCUUCCUUCACCAACCUCUCAAAUCUUCAAGAUUCCCAAAUGUAUCCAUUUUCUUCCCCAUUAUUUCAAACCCCAUUACCCCAAAUCGCUGUAACCCGAUAAAAUCAAGCAUUAAGGGAUGUAUGGAGUCCAGGAAUCCCACACAGAGAAGAAGCACAAGUCCAAGAAAAUUCAAACCCAGAUAUGGAACUUCAAGAAGAUCAACUAUCAAGAAAAGUCUCAGUCAAGAACAAGUUAAUUUUACUAAACCCAUUCCUGAUGACCCUGUAGUUGGGAUUAUUGGAGGUGGAAUGUCUGGUCUUACCUGUGCUCUUUACUUGGAGAAAAGAGGCAUUCGUUCAACCGUUUUCGACACGGGAAUACAUGGGUUGGGAGGAAGAAUGGGAACAAGAAUGAUUGAUCAUCAGCCUUUGAUAUUUGACCAUGCAGCUCAGUUCUUCACAGUGACAAACCCCAAGUUUGCUGAGCUAGUUGAUGACUGGUUGAAGAGAGGUUUGGUUCGUGAAUGGAAGGGUACAAUUGGUGAGCUUGAAGUUGGUGGGCAUUUUGUUCCAUUUCCUUCUUCACCUCCUAAAUAUAUAGGGGUCAAUGGAAUGCGCCCACUUGCGGAUUCAUUACUAUCUCAGACUUCUUUGGUCGAUGUGGUACGGCCUUGUUGGGUAAGCGCACUUGAACCAUUUAAUGGGACGUGGCACUUGAGUGAGAAGCAGAAGCCUUGUGGGCAGUUUGAUGCAAUUGUCAUUGCACAUAAUGGAAAAUGUGCAAAUAGAUUGCUUGCGGCAUCAGGCUUACCCCUCAUUGCAAAACAAAUGAAGAGACUUGAACUCAGUUCUAUAUGGGCUCUUCUUGCUGCAUUUGAGGAUCCCCUGCCAACUGCACUAAAUGCAGCGUCCCUUCCCUUUGAAGGAGCUUUUGUAAAAGGGGUUGAAUCUGUCUCAUGGAUGGCAAACAACACUAAGAAACUCUUAGCUUCAGAUAGUGGUCCACAAUGUUGGACAUUUUUCAGCACUGCAACCUUUGGAAAGCAGAACAAAGUCCCCCAGGAAAGUAUUCCAAAUGCUACGGCAGAGAAAGUGAAGGAAGCUAUGCUUGAGGGUGUUGAGAAGGCUCUAGGACUAUCAAAAAGCUCACUCAAAAAGCCAUUUUAUACAAAAUUACAACUAUGGGGUGCAGCUCUUCCAACCAACACUCCUGGAAUUCCAUGCUUCUUUGAUCCUCGUGGAAGGGCUGGUAUAUGUGGUGAUUGGCUACUUGGAUCAAGUUUAGAGGCUGCAGCUUUAAGUGGCAUAGCUCUUGCUGAUCAAAUUGCAGAUUACUUCGAACAAGGUGGUCCUUGCUCAGAUGAGUUUGCUGUUGGUUUGCAUGAUGAAUAUAAGCCACUUGAAGGACAUGAUAUAGGGCAGUUUCCAGGACUGGAAUCUAUUGAUCAAAUUACAAAUGUCCCAGCUUUGACACUCGCUACAUGAACUGAUCCUGUGACGAAGUCUUCUGAUGAUUUGUUGGAUAAAGCAAGUGAACAAAUUAAGGCACACUAUCGGAACAAGCAGUUUGCAAUGCUGGUUAUAGACAUAUACUUGAGCUGGAAUCAUUUUGCUAGCAGCUCAUGC